AUGAGCGAUACAUACCAACUGAAUCUCUACAAACAGAUGCAUACUAUGUUAUCAUCUCCACCUAAGCCAAGAGACAAUAAUCAGCCAUAUCGCAAUCCUUUGGUCCCAGACACUCUUGAUCAAGCUCCAGCUUAUAAAUCAAGAUCGUCAGUUCCAGGGUAUAUGGAAUCCUCUAACUCCCCCCCCCCUUUAAAUUGGAACUAAAAAUUUUGUUCCAAUUUAAAGGGGGGUUAAGAAAAUUUUUUAUAAAAAAAAUUCAAAAAUUUAUCGAAUUAGAUUAAUAAAUUUGUUUAAUAAAAUGCUAUUUACUCUUUAUCCUUUAAAACAAAGCAAGAUAUAGCUAAAAUUUUAUUAUUAAUUAAUACGCCACUAUUAAUUGGUAUCAAAACUAUUUACACAAAAAUUAUUAUUUUUAUUGAUAAAAAAAAAAAAUUAAAAAAACAAAUUUUAGAAAAUUUAUUAAUCAAAGUGCUAAUUUUGUUUAAAUAAGAUGUUAUUUAUACUCUAUUCUUUAAAAUAAAGCAAGAGAUAAGUAAAUUUUGAAUUUUUGUAAAGAAUUCGUAUUGAAUUUAUAUCAAAGCUAUUUAAAUAAAAAAUAUCAUUUUUAUCAAAAAAAAUAAAUUUUUUUUAAAAAUUUUUUAAAAACAAAAAAAAAAUUAAAUAUUUUUAAAAAAUUUACAAUUAACGAUAAUAAAUUUAUUUAAAUAAGAUGUUCUUUAUACUCUAUUCUUUAAACAAGAGCAGGAUAUAACUAAAUUUUUAAUUUUAGUUAAGAAGAAACAUUUAAUAUAUAUCAAAACUUUUUACAUAAAAAUUAUGAUUUAUAUAUAUAAAAUUUUUUAUUAUAAAAUUAAAUUUUGUUCCAAUUUAAAGGGGGGGGAGUAAGCCACUAACUGAAAGACCUCGAGGGAUAGCCAGGACUUCUUUAUCUGACAAGCACUCAGGCUCUUUUGCAUUUUCAUAUGAAACACCAGAAGACUUUGUGCCUUCUCGCCGAGUAAUUGCUCAAAAGUCCAGCGAAACGUUUGAGCAGCCGAUUUCUGUCAGAAAGUCUGCUUACCAGCCUCCUGAAAGAAAUCCUAUUACUCAAAACUCAAAAGAACUCGAAGUCCACCAGCCAAAAGUUAGAGGAAAAGGACAGCCGCCAUCUUCAUUAGGUGAAGUAAUCACCCAGGAUAAAAAGCCAGUAGAAGAAACACCUGCAAGGAACUCAAUGUAUUUCCAAAAGAUGAGGAGUAAUAUAUUUGAUGGCAAUGCUGCUGAAGUAGAAAGAGAAAGACCUAACUAUUUUCUGUAAAAAAAAUUUAUUUUUUUGGAUAAAUUAUUUUUUAUAUGAAAAAUUGUUGCGGUGAAGGUAAGAAAAAAGUUGUUAUGGAUAGGCCUGAAGGUGCAGGGUCUCUUUUGCAAUAUAAUUAUGCGCUUGAAUAUAGAGACUCUGGUGUGUCUGGAAAGCCAAGUGAUCAUAAGGUUGAAAAGGAAGCUUUACAGCAGACAAAGGUGUCAAGAGGAAUGGCUGAAGUAUUUAAGAUGAGAAGAAACCAAUCAGCGGUCACUUUCGCUUAG